CAUUAUAUUAUUUGACUAAAUAGAUAUUUGUAAUCUUACUCGGUUUUAUGCAUAUUUCAUUAUAAUUAUACUUAGUAUUCAUAAUUGUUGUAUUUAGUUAUCACUGGAAAAUGUACACAAAAACUUUAUUAAGUUUAUGCAUAUUUUUCUUUGUUUCGUUCACAAAUUGUUUUGUGUUUUGUUCAGAUAUUGAAUUUUUAAAUUGCCUAGUUCGUACUAAUGGUUGGAUAGAAUUUGAAGGGCCUAUGGCCAAAGAUAUUCAAUCAAAGAAAUAUAUAUCCAUGAGCUCUGUGAUACCGAGUAAUGAUAUUGAAGAAGGUGUGUUUAAUAAAAAAAACGUAUUUACCAAAAUUUUUCAAAUAUAUCAAAUCUUUAAUUGUAAGUACGCUGAAGUAAUGAGGUUACUUAUUACCUAUUCAAAUGCAUUAGCAAAAGAAUGUAUGUAUUACGAACCAUUAGAUGUGAAGUAUUACAAAAUAUGCAAAAGUAAAUUUGUUAAUACUCUUCGGAAGUCUGAACAUAUGAUUGGAUCUAUGACAAAAAUGUUGCACUUGUUUAAACCCGAAGAAGUAGAUAAUGUCUUACACGUUAGUAAAAUUUUAUUAAAUUUUAAAAUUCACGUCAUUGGAAAUUUUAUGGUUGAGUAUGAAAUGGCAGAUAUGAUAAAAACACUAAACGAAGUCAGUGAGUUAUCUAAAAAUUAUUUAUUUAAACAAUGCCUUCUAAGACACAAUUUAUUUACGGACGCAGAAUCUAAUAUUCAAAAAGCAAUAUUCAACAUUGACAAUCAACAAAAUAAAAAUCAUCCAAUUGGCGUAAUCAAUAAUUUAGAAAAAAUUUUGACUAAUUUUUGUAAACAGGUUGAAUCAGACUGUAAUUCUCUUGUGAUUAAUGAAAUGGUAAAGGACAGCCUUCUAUUAAACAAUAAAACUAUUAUUUCAAGAUUACUUAAUGAUGAUAAUUUUAAGAAGAAUAACGAUUCCAGUUUACAACUUGAAAAUGAAAUAUUGAUGGAUACAGAAAAUCAAAAUGAGGUUAUAAUUAAAUUAUCAGAAUCUGAUGGAACCAAUAUAAAAAAAUUACCUAAUCAAAGUCAACCAGAGAGUUCUUUAAAUAAUGGCAAAAAACACAAACCUAUGUUUUCAUCAUUAUCAAAAUCUAUAAUUUUUUCAUUUUUUUAUAAAAUUCUUCAAUCUUUGAAAUCCUGCAAAAAGUUAUUUUCUCAGAACUAAAUAGUUUUUAAUUAAUUAAUAUUUUUGUAUACAUAUUUUAAAAGAUAUGUUUGAUGAUGUCAUGUUUCAUCAAUGAAUGAUUAACUACUAGAUUUUUUCAGAUUUUCAGAACUUAUAAAAUUUUAAUUUUAUGAUUUUUUCAUAUUAUAGAUAAAGUGUUCCGUGUUUAGUUUUUUUUAUAAUUUCUUUAUUAUUAACAUUUAAUAAGCAACACUUAAUUAGAUAUUGAAUAGUUAAGUUUGCUAAUUUACAUGAUGACAAUGUAUCACAAUCGUUACAACUAGUAAUAAUUAGGUUUGGGAACAAUACUGAAAUAAAUAUAAUAGUAACGUAGUGUUCACUUAUAUAAUAUUAAGAAUUAAUUAUUUAAC